UUCGAUUAUUUUUGGCAGCAAGCGGAGCGGGCAGAGCUCUCGUCUAAAAAUGCUUACGACCAAUGGCGUAUCGUCAUUGGCCACAAUAUACCACGUGAACGGUCCACAGUGGAAGUUCACUGAGUCGAGCGAAUAUCUACGACGGCACAGUCAGCUGCCUAAGGUCCGGUUGGCUAGUCGCAGACAGCAAGUUUCUCCACAAGGUAGACGCGUGUAACCACCAGAUUUCACCAUGGCGGACGAUGAGAGAAAGCGCAUCGAGGAUGAAAAGAAGAGGAAACAGGCGGAAACCGAGAGGAAGAGGGCGGAGGUCCGCGCUCGCCUCGAAGAGGCUUCUAAAGCCAAGAAAGCGAAGAAGGGUUUCAUGACCCCCGACAGGAAGAAGAAGCUUAGGCUGUUGCUGCGUAAAAAAGCCGCCGAGGAAUUGAAAAAAGAGCAGGAGAGGAAAGCAGCCGAAAGGAGGCGCAUCAUCGAGGAGCGCUGCGGCAAACCGAAGAUCGUCGAUGACGCUAAUGAAGAUACCCUAAAGCGCGUGCUGCGCGAAUAUCACAAUAGGAUCGCGGCGUUGGAAGACAAAAAAUUCGACAUCGAAUAUGUCGUGAAGAAGAAGGACUUCGAGAUCGCAGAUUUGAACAGCCAGGUCAACGAUCUCCGAGGUAAAUUCAUGAAGCCAACCCUGAAGAAGGUGUCGAAAUACGAGAAUAAGUUCGCCAAACUCCAGAAGAAGGCCGCCGAAUUUAACUUCCGUAAUCAGCUGAAACAAGUGAAAAAGAAGGAGUUCACCUUGGAAGAAGAAGAUAAGGAGAACGUGCCAAAAAAUAAGAAGAAACCCGACUGGUCAAAGAAGGGCGAGGAGAAGAAGGUAAAGGAGGAAGAGGCGGCGCCACCGACCCCGGUUGAAGCAUGAAAGAAAGAAUGAAAAAUCGUUCCCGAGACGUUCCCGAGUAAUCGUCAUCGUCAUCCCAACAACGAUAAACGUCCGACGUCCGACGUCCCGAGAAUGUCAUCCGCCGUCAAUAAUCGUCGUCGACACAACUCUGCACGGAAUACCUUCCUCUUGUUCUCUCUUUUUCUCUCUCUCUCCCCUCGUUCUUUUUCUUCUCUGUCUCUCCCUCUCUCUCUCUCUCCCUCUUUUUCUCUCUUCUACCUAUCUCUUGAAUUUUCUUCUUCCUUUUUUUAUAACAAUCGAAUGAGUUCAUUAAUUCGAUAUCCCGCCGUCGUGUGAGAGUUGCACACAAAAAAUCUUGCUCGUCUGUCUAGUCUGUCUGUCUGUCUGCUCAUCCAUCACGAUUGCUCGUAUACGUCCCCGGAUUGUAUCGAAAUAUUUUGAUAUCCAAUAUCCAAUCUGUGGCUCGCUCUACUUGUACCGGUGUUUCUUUCCUUUUUUUUAUGAACAUGAUAUGUCUUCUUUUCGUCUUCUUUUAUUUUUAUAAUAGUCACUUGUAAAAGUCACACUGUAAAGCCGUGAAUUGCGUGCGAGAUCCGCAAGACCCAGAUCUGUCCUUUCCUGCGAAAUUCAACCACGAUGGGAGAGAUGUGAUGUAACGGUAACAACGGUGAAGAGGAAAUUUUAUUUAAGAUUUAUUGUAAAACAACCCUCUGUGUGUAAUUAUUUUUCUAUAUUCUCUUCCCCCCUCUCUCUCUCUUUUCUUUUUCACGUUUCCCUUGUGCCUCACCUGUGACGAUUUGCGUUUUAACCUACGAUACAAGUGUAACCAAAUGGUGUACGAUAUGUUUUGUAUGUGCGAUAAUAAUUAUCUACCGUCGUCUAUGCAUUUUUUCCGAGCAAGUGAACGAUGUAGUAGAAUAAUCGACCGACUAACUGAUUCUUAGCGAUACAAUUGUGAGAAAUACAGCUCAUUUCAAUCAUCUCUUAA